GCGAAAUUUCACAUGAACCGGUAACCGCACCGGGGAGGUGUCAGCGGUAAGUGAAGACUGAAGACGUGUCGUCGUGUACGGUGUGACACUUUACAUUAUAUUUUGAGUGUGUGCCGAUGAUGUUGGACGGUAAAAGCUCAUGAAGUUCACCAGAGAUAUCUGCCGGUUCCUGGGCUUAGGAGGCGGAGGUCCAUGUGAGGAGGAGAUGGAGGUUCAGAAUGGAGCUCCCGACCUGACAGACAGAAGAAAAGUGCAAGGCUCGUCACAGGCGAUGCUGAACAGUGAGGAGGGUUUGGAUGAGGAGGAGAAGACGAGAAGAAGAGCUGAGAGGAGGAGAGCUAAAAGGAAAAGGCAGAAAGAACGCAAGAAACUGGAGAGAGAGGAGCAAAUGGAAGACGCCUCAGAGCAGGAAGAGGAAGCGGCUGGAGCGGUGUCAGAGAGUGACAGUGAGGAGGAAUUAAAAGAGGAGGAGGAGAAAUGGACGGAUGUUCGUCCCAGAAACAAGUCCAACCCCGAGUCAGUCUCUUCCUUUGUGACAACAGAGAACAAGAGCAAUGGCCAGCUGCCCCACAGGACCUCAGAGGAGGAGCCAGAGUGGGAUGUCAGCAGUGCAUUUGUGGCCAAUGCUGCCAGCCACAUCAAACCCAAAGUCCUGAAGAACAGAGCAAUAAAGAUCUCCAGGGAGAACAAGGAGAACGAGGCCAGGAGCAGCCAGCUGGAAAGCACAGACGAAAUGAAGAGGAGGGGAGAGUCUCUGACAGUGCAGGGCAUUCAGAUGUUUGGGCAAGGCCUGUACAGCCAGGCAGUGGACAUGUUUACAGAAGCCAUCUACUGUAACCCCAAGGACCACAGGUUCUAUGGAAAUCGCUCUUACUGUUAUUGGUGUCUGGAGCAGUACUCCUCUGCCCUAACGGACGCUCACAGAUCCAUUCAGCUGUCUCCUGAUUGGCCAAAGGGAUACUUCCGUAAGGGCUGUGCUCUGAUGGGGUUAAAGCGGCACAGUGAGGCAGAGGCAGCCAUGGUGCAGGUGUUGAAGUUAGAUCAGCACUGUAGGGAAGCAUCCAGUAAACUCUCCAUCUGCAGGGUCCUGCAGCUCAUGGAGCUGGGCUUUGAGGAAGAGCAGAGUAAACAGCUGCUGCAGAAGUUCACCACCGUUCAGGCGGUCAUCAACUCACCGGAGGCCCAAACGCUGAAGCACACAUCUCAGCUGGACCAGAGUGGGAGCUGUUGCUCUCUGUGGGUUGGGAACAUUACAUUGGAAGUUACGGAGAAAGACCUCCUGGAUCUCUUCAAAAUGUUUGGUGAGAUAGAAAGCAUCCGAGUUCUCCAUGAGCGUUUCUGUGCCUUUGUUAACUUCAAGAAUGCCAACAUGGCUGCCAAAGCCCUGGACAAGCUGCAGGGGGUGGAGAUGGGGGGCAGCAAGCUGGUUCUGAGGUACCCCGACCGUUGGAUCCAGCGCACCAUGCCUUCCAUCCAAAGGAGCAACACCAGCCUCAGCCCCAACACUGCAGGAACACAGCAGAGCUCAGCUGCCACAGGGUCCAGGCGGUGUGUUCCUAUAAAUGGAGAUGAGUGCUUCUACUGGCGGACCACGGGCUGUUUUUAUGGCGACAAGUGCCGCUUCAAACACAUACCAGACCAACAAGGUCGAGACAAAAAAACAUGGCCGCUCUAACUGUGUCUCUUAGCCCUGCACCUUACCCUAGCACCAGGGCUCGUUGAGGAAGUGUGUACACAGAAAUAAGAAGAGGAACAGGAACAAGAAGGACAAUGAGCCGAGCGGAGCACAGAGGGCGAAGCCUGAGAACACAGACGGCUGAAUAUGUGUGAGAAAGACAGUCAGAUAUGGUUUGCAUGUGAUGGCCAUAUCAGAGGUACAGAGCCCAACCUCAAUAAAAAGAAGGACUUCAAAUGAAUAUAACUUAUUGGAAGUGUCACCGAAGUUUCUCUUUGCUUUAUUUGGAACCUAGAAAACUCUGAAUUCCUGGUUUCUGCAUGGACAUGCCUGCUCUGUGGGAAGGAUGCAUCAGUCAUCAGAAGGAUUUACUUGGAUAAAUACCCUUGGUUGAACCAAAAAGCCCACUCAGUGACAAACUUUGAAAAUGCCUUAGUCAAGAGUUAUUUUUCAUAUUUUUAAGAGACAGUUUGAAAUGAAUAAGUGUUUGGACAAAGCAAUAAAUGAAUGAAAACGUUUACGAAAAUGUUUACUCAGCAUCUUUUUUAGUAAUCUUGGCUCCCAACUUGAAACAGAUGAUUUUAUAGAUAUUUUGUGCUGCUGGUCCGAAGAUGUCUGUGAAGCAUGCACGUUUUAGGACACUAACAGAGAGUGAUAUGAACAAUGAUAACUGUAGAUUCAGAAUCGUAUUGAUUGCCAAUUAGUUUUUCACAUUCAAGGAUUUUGUUGUGUUGUAUUGGUGCAUUAGAACAAUCAAAGAACUAAAAUAUAGAUAUAGGUUAAUGCAAGUCCUUCUGACAAAAAAAACCAGCAGCAUUAAUCAAGGUGUGCAUAUUGUAUGUUUAAGUAUUUUAGCUUUGUGCAGCUACAGCUGCCAAAGAAUAACUGAUUAAAGUUAAGCAAUAAAAUCUGACAAUGUACAGCUGAACAAAGUGAAUCAACAACAUUGUGAUAAUUUGCUGUAAUAAACCUACCAUAAAACAUCUUUACAGGUAGUUACUGUAAUUUGCACAUUAUUGGUGCAAUGCACAUUACAUAUAAUUGACAGUAAUUUACUGUAUUUUUUAAAAGAUGGUAAAUUUCUGUUUUGCAUAUUACUAGUAGUGCUACCGCAUUUAUAGUAAGACGCAUCAUUUUUCGAUCAUAGGUUAUUCAUGUAUUUUUAUGCAAAAUGUUGUGGUAACAAUAUAUAUAUAUAUAUUCAUUUUAAAUGUCUAAUUAAAGAUAUUAAUUUAUUUUUUACAUAA